AUGACCUGGUAUUACACGGUCAUCUUUGUUGUCUUGUGUCUUGUUGGUCAUGCGACUGCAAGAUGCAAGACACAAGUGAACACGACAAGCUUACCGCGUUUCCAUGUCACAUUCACUCCGGACUUUGCCUUCAACAACUACAAACUACAUGGCAAUCUUGUGUUAGACGGCGAUUUUUCUCCCAAUGAAACAUUUCUGAUGUUGCCUACCGAACUUUUCAGUCUCCCUGGAACUAAAGAUGGAGGCAACGGUCUCGCGGCUUUUGACAACAAGGGUUCUCUUCCUCUUGGGUCUAACGAAACGAUCGGGCCGUAUUCUCAGCCUCAUCGAACUUGGACUGUCCAGAGGGCUACCGAAGGCCCUAUCACGAUCAGCUUUACCCACCAACCAGCACCUGUCAAUGUCAAGGCUUUACCUGGACCUCUUUACGAUCUAAGAGCUGGAACAAAUGGAUUGAUAGGAUCGAUGUGGGCUGUGGUACCUGCGCCAUCUCCACUUUCCAAUAUAGAAUACAAUAUCUCGCUCGAGUGGAACAUCACUGAACGACAGUCAGCAGCCUUCACAUGGAAAGAUGGCAAAGGACGUCAUAUCUAUCAGUUCAAUGCCACGCUUAGGCAACUUCUUCAAACGUUCUUUAUGGUCGGUGAUAUCAAGGGGUAUCCUAGUAUCCCUACAAACACGACCUUUGGUAUGUACUGGCUAGAAAACCCGCCAUUCGAUAUUUCGGCAGUUGGCACCUAUGUCAAAGAUUUCCUCGAAUUCUCUUCCAAAUUUUGGCAGGACGCAUACCAGAAGUCGUAUCAUGUUUUUGCCCGUAUCAACGACGAAGUCGCGAUCACGCCUGGUGGAUCUGCGCUGCUGCAAUCAUUUGCCUUUGGGUACAAUAAAGAAGCUGGCAUUUCCUCUGACAGAAUCAGAACUCUUCUCGCGCACGAGAUGACCCAUAAUUGGACGCCAUGGCGAGAUGGUACUCUCGCUGAAAGAUCUCGUUACAAUGAAGGUGCGGCAGAGUACUGGUCACUGAGACUUCUUUGGCGGGCGGGGUUGAUGUCUUCCAGCGACUAUCUCCAAGAGAUGAAUCAGCGCGCCUUUGAUUACUACACAAACCCUGCCGUCAACAUGUCAGAUGAGGCCGCACAAGAAAUUGCUUGGACAUUACGGCCUGCUCAGAGAAUUCCUUAUGGUCGCGGCAUGAUUCAUUUAUUGAAUAUUGAUACUCAGCUUAGAACCAGUGAAUCUGGUAGGCUUGAAGACAUUGCGAUACCGUUCGUGCAGAUUUGUCGACAGCAAGACGCCUGUGGUGCACCAGAAUGGUUUAAUCUUCUCCGCGAACGACUUGGCGAGGGAGCAAUCCAUGAGUGGGACCAAGUUUCGACUGGUUUUCCACUAAUUAAACCUCUAGAUGACAGUCUUGGUCCUUGCUUUGAUGUCGUACAAAACAGUAGCAGCCCCAUUGUUUGGGUUUGGCAAGCUAAAGAUGGAUUGGAUAUCUCCAGCCCAGAUUGCCUUAUUUGA